AUGGAUUCAACAUCAACCAUUGCAACUGAUCGUUAUACUCAACUAAAAUCUUUCGAGGAGACGAUGAGAGGCGUGAAAGGCCUUGUUGAUUCUGGAAUCUCAGAGGUUCCAGCGAUGUUCCGGGCGCCUCCGGUUGUUUUAGCAAGCCCAAAACCACCAGUAGCAGGAGGUUCACAGCUCAUGAUCCCAACCAUCGAUCUGAAAGGAGGAGUGUACUACAAGAAUCAAGAUUCAGUCACGCGGGGAAGCGUGGUGAAGAAGAUAGGAGAUGCCGCGGAGAAAUGGGGUUUCUUCCAGGUGGUUAAUCAUGGAAUCCCGCUCGACGUGCUGGAGAAGGUGAAGGACGGGGUUCGCGGUUUUCACGAGCAGGACGAUGAGCUAAAGAAACGGUUCUACUCUCGCGAUCACACUAGGAAAAUGGUUUACUACAGUAAUUUUGAUCUCUACACUGCUCAGGCGGCGAGUUGGAGAGACACCAUGUGUGCCUAUAUGGCCCCGGAUCCUCCCACAUUAGAAGACUUGCCUCCACUUUGUGGGGAGAUUAUGAUGGAGUACAGCAAGGAAAUAAUGAAUUUAGGUGAGUUGCUCUUUGAGCUUCUAUCAGAGGCUCUAGGGUUGAAGCCUAAUCACCUAAAGGACAUGGAUUGCAGCAAGUCAUUGGUCAUGUUUGGCCAGUAUUAUCCACCGUGCCCUCAGCCUGACCUUACUCUAGGCUUAGGCAAGCACACCGAUUUUUCUUUUCUCUCCAUUGUUCUUCAGGGGAAUAUAGGAGGGCUUCAAGUUCUUCGUGAUGACCAAUACUGGGUCGAUGUUCCUCCUGUCCCUGGUGCUCUUGUCGUUAACGUCGGAGAUCUUCUCCAACUUAUAAGUAAUGACAAAUUCAGAAGCGUGGAGCACAGGGUGAUAGCAAAUAGAGCAGCUGAAGCGCGGGUUUCAGUGCCAUGUUUCUUCAGCACUGUCAUGAAGGCAAAUCCUCGAGUAUAUGGACCCAUCAAAGAGCUUAUGACAGAACAAAACCCUCCCAAGUAUAGGGACACCACCAUCGCCGAGUUCUCAAGCAUGUACGGGUCUAAAGAGCUCAAUACCUCUGCCUUACUCCAUUUCAAGAUCUGAGACAUUGACCAUAUCAAAUAUAUUUAUAUCAAUAACUUCGGUCUGCACUCCAUGCCAAGAUCUGGGACAUUGGCCAAAUAAAAUGUCUUUGUAAAAUGAUGUGUGUAUGUAUGUGUUCCACAUGUGAGGAUAUGAGGCAAU